AGCAGCGAGGAGAUGGGGCCGGCGCUCACCCCCAGCCCUGACCUGCUCCUACCCCGCAGCAUCGCCGACAAGGAUCUCAGUCUACCCAAUGGCACACCUGUGGACACUUCUAGCCCAGCCUCCUCCUCAUCUCUCCUCAACAGACUGCAGCUGGAUGAUGACUUGGAUGGGGAAACUAGAGAUCUCUUUGUUACUGUUGAUGAUCCCAAAAAACAUGUGUGCACAAUGGAGACAUAUAUCACGUACAGGGUUACAACAAAGACCACGCGAGCAGAGUUUGAUUUGCCAGAGUAUUCAGUCCGCCGGCGGUACCAAGACUUCGACUGGUUGAGAAACAAGUUGGAGGAGUCUCAGCCAACGCAUCUCAUUCCCCCUCUUCCUGAGAAAUUUGUGGUGAAGGGUGUUGUCGAUCGCUUUUCUGAAGAGUUCGUGGAGACAAGGAGGAAAGCGUUAGACAAAUUCUUGAAGAGAAUAACUGAUCACCCGGUGCUUUCUUUUAAUGAGCAUUUCAACGUGUUUCUCACAGCCAAGGAUCUUAAUGCCUACAAAAAGCAAGGAAUGGCAUUGCUGUCAAAGAUGGGGGAGUCUGUCAAAUAUGUCACAGGAGGCUACAAAUUAAGAAGUCGGCCACUGGAGUUUGCAGCCAUUGGGGAGUAUCUAGACACAUUUUCUCUAAAGCUUGGUACCAUUGACAGAAUAGCACAACGGAUUAUCAAGGAACAGUUGGAAUACUUGGUGGAACUACGAGAAUAUGGACCUGUUUAUUCAACCUGGGGAGGGCUGGAGGUUGAGCUAUCAGAGCCGCUGGAAGGGGUGUCCGCCUGUAUUGGGAACUGCUGCACAGCUCUUGAAGAACUCAGUGAAGACAUGACAGAAGACUUCCUGCCUGUGCUUAGGGAAUAUAUAUUGUACUCGGAGUCGAUGAAGAAUGUGUUGAAGAAGAGAGACCAAGUUCAAGCCGAGUAUGAAGCAAAACUGGAAGCAGUAGCCUUGAAAAAAGAAGACCGUCCAAAGGUACCCACAGAUGUUGAGAAAUGUCAAGACCGAGUAGAGUGUUUCAAUGCUGACCUGAAAGCAGAUAUGGAGAGAUGGCAGAACAACAAAAGACAAGACUUUAGGCAGCUACUCAUGGGGAUGGCAGAUAAAAACAUCCAGUACUACGAGAAGUGCCUUACGGCGUGGGAGUCAAUUAUACCACUAUUGCAAGACAAGCCAGAGACCAAAUAAGAAGUACCUUCAUGGACAGUCUAGCACUUCUAUGCUCAGUACCACUAGACAUACUGGAACUGUAUGAAGGACUCCUUUUGUCAAGUUAACUGAAAUGCCAGCUGCACUUAAGCUGGAACAGACGCUCUGAAAACUAUUUGCAUUUUUUUUCUCACUUUCUGUGUUUAAACUGCGGUAUGUUUCAUCUUUUUGAGUUAUCUUGAAUGGUUCCUUCUUUAUCCUAUGGAGUGAUUGGGGGUUCAUAGUGAAAGUGCAUGGGGAUCUUCAUAAAACUUACCUCUUUAGCCUGGAAGGAACUGAUGAGUAGAACACUAAAAAGAUGAAAACAAAACUCUACUGCAAGGUGCCAAAUGACAUCUUUAUUAC